CGUGUCCUGCCCGUCCGUCCCCCCGGUCGCCGCCCGCCGCGUGCGCCAUGAGCACCCAGCAGAUAGUCCUCCAGGGCCCGGGACCAUGGGGCUUCCGCCUCGUGGGCGGCAAGGACUUCGAGCAGCCCCUCGCCGUUUCUCGGGUUACUCCCGGAAGCAAGGCUGCUUUAGCUAAUUUAUGUAUUGGAGACGUAAUCACAGCCAUCGAUGGGGAAAAUACUAGCAGUAUGACACAUUUGGAAGCUCAGAACAAAAUCAAGGGCUGCACGGACAACAUUACUCUCACCAUAGCAAGAUCUGAACAUAAAAUCUGGUCUCCUCUGGUGACGGAAGAGGGGAAACGUCACCCAUACAAGAUGAAUUUAGCCUCGGAACCCCAGGAGGUCCUGCACAUAGGAAGCGCACACAACCGAAGCGCCAUGCCCUUUACCGCCUCGCCUGCCUCAGUCACUGCCCCCAGGGUCAUCACGAACCAGUACAACAACCCGGUCGGCCUCUACUCUUCGGAGAACAUCUCCACCUUCAACAGUGCCUUGGAGGCAAGGACUGCCACCAGUGGGGAGGAGGCCAACAGCAGACCCUUAGAGCAUUCGCAGCCUCCAGGCGGCCUCGUCAUCGACAAGGAAUCUGAAGUUUACAAGAUGCUGCAGGAGAAGCAGGAGUUGAAUGAGCCCCCGAAGCAGUCCACAUCAUUCCGGGUCCUGCAGGAAAUCCUGGAGUCCGAGGAGAAAGGGGAUCCCAACAAACCCUCUGGAUUCAGAAGUGUUAAAGCUCCUGUCACCAAAGUGGCUGCAUCAAUCGGAAAUGCUGCUCAGAAGUUGCCCAUGUGUGACAAAUGUGGCACUGGCAUUGUAGGCGUGUUUGUGAAGCUGCGAGACCGCCACCGCCACCCUGAGUGUUACGUGUGCUCCGACUGUGGCACCAACCUGAAGCAGAAGGGCCACUUCUUUGUGGAGGAUCAAAUCUACUGUGAAAAGCACGCCCGGGAGCGGGUCACGCCACCCGAGGGCUACGACGUGGUCACCGUCUUUCCCAAGUGAUGCAGCUGGGCGCACUUCCCCGGCCAGCCUCCUGUCCUCAGCGCUCUGGCCGUCGUCUCCCCACUCCUCCCUUCAAGGUUCUGUGCUGACCUUGCUUGUACCUGUGCUGUUAGAGGUCGAGUGCCCCUACCCUGGCUCACACUGGCCAUGUGAUGACUGCUUUUAUAAGUAAUGGGAAGUUAUUUUAUGGUGUCUCCUGCCAGCAUCAUUGUCUAUCUUCCAUACCUCUGUUCUGCUCUGUUACAAAUGGACAUCAGCCCAAUUUGAAUGACACUGAAUUUAAUAUUGAUUAAAUUUAAUUUUUACUUGUAUAGAUUCUA